GGGAACGGGCGUUCUACCGUGCCAUGGACCCCGGUGGCUCCGGUGCCUCGUGGAGAUGGCGCACUGGAGCGCGUUGGAUUUGCGGAGCAUGCGCUCCUUGCAGUCGCAGUCCAGGUCUCAACAGCGGAUCCUGAACUCUCAGGCUUCCUUGCGGCAACGGGUCCUUGCCUCUAACCAAGCCAGCAACGUGGUGAGCGGCCAGGCCAAAGCGCCGCCUGAAAACGAGGUGGAUGUCCUCUCGCGCUUGAGCGAAGAGGAGCUGUGCAACCUUGUAAAGUCACCUCCCGCCUUGGAAGCAGGUGAUGAACAGGCGAAACUGAAUUUGCUGAGUAUGGAUCGAACACCAUUGAGAUCCACGGUCUCCUGUCCAGAAUGGAUGCUGGUGCACAUCUACAAUCUCAGCGAGACCUUCGUGGGGGCCAACCAGGUCCUAACCUUCUCCGAAGGGCUGGCCAUUGGUGGUGCCUUCCAUGUGGGAGUCGAGGUUUACGGUGCCGAAUGGUCCUACGGUGUCUAUGGUGUGGCCUGCGACCCGCCACGCGCCGAGACGGCGCACGUCUACGAGUGCAGCGUCUUCGUGGGGGCCACCGCAAAGGAUCCGGAACAAGCUGCGGAAGUCCUGUUCCGCCUUUGUCAGGAAUGGCAUGGCCGGAACUACGACGUUCUGAGCCACAACUGUUGCAGCUUCGGCCGCAGGUUCGUGGAGGAGCUGGGUGUAGGGCCCAUGCCUUUAUGGAUCGAUCGCUUCGCGCGGACGCUCCAUGGUGGACGGGAUGCUGUUCGCCACGCAGGUAAAGCGAUUUACCGCGGUGUCAUGGAGGACGUGCCUGCCAUGGCGGAGGUGGCCCGUCCCCACGUGGAGCGCUACGUCUCCGAUGCCUCGGCCUUUGCGGCGCGGAAGCGACAGCAGGCCAGCCAGAAACUACACCAAGUAGUGAUGCACGACAUGCCUGCGAUGAUCGAGACGGCCCGGCCGCACGUGGAACAGGCGGCCUUUGAGGUGCAAAAAGCAGCGCAGCAGAAGGCGCAGGAGGGCUACGAGGUGAUGCAGAAGGUGGUUCAGGAGGAUGCGCCCAAAGCCAUGGCGGCGGCGCAGCCCUAUGUGGAGCAAGCGAUGAACACUGCCAUGUAUCACGGCUCCAACGCCAUGAGCAGUGCCCAGGAGGCCAUGCAAAUUGCUGCGGAGGCCUUGCACCAGCAGCUGUUUGGCGAGGAAGAGAGCUCCAGUGAGGAUGCAUCACCGGAGGCGAUGGAAGCUGAACAGAGGCCAAUGGCACCCAUGGCACCGAUGGCACAGGCAAUGCCCACGCCAGGGUCGCUUCCAAGGACUAGCGAUCCACUGCCCGACGCCGCGCCCUUCAGAGCGAGCUCGUUGCAGGGCUCCAGUGAGGCUGCGCAUCUGGGAUUUACCCGACCGCUGCCAUAUGCGCAUCCGACUAGCGAUCCACUGCCCAACGCCGCGCCCUUCAGAGCGAGUUCACUGCAGGGCUCCAGUGAGGCUGGGCAUCUGGGAUUUGCCCGACCGCUGCCAUAUGCGCAUCCGCAGAUGUUGCAAAGUCCAACUGCUGCUGUCGCCCCCGUUCCUCAGCAGGUUGCCGCCACGUCGCAGCCUCCCAGGAGGUUCAUCAGCGCUGCUUCUGCCGAGGAUGCGCGGCUCAUGGUGCCGGGGCUCGUUAGCGACGCUGUCAGGCAGAAUCAGGUUCAAUGGCCGGCUCGCAUGCAUUCGGCGACACCACGGCCGCAACAGGUUUCCUGGAUGCCUCCCCUACCACGGCCACCUGUGCCACCUGGGCCACUGCCGAUGCCCAUGUCGGCCACGGCCAUGCCGGCGCCGGCGCCGGCGCAGGGGUCAAGGCCGGGCUGAAAGUAGGAAGAUCCUGUUGGACAUGGUUUAACAUUGUUUAAC